UAGCAGAACUGCUCAAGUGGGGUCGAUGGACUGCUGACAUUGGAGGAGAAAUGGUCAUAAUGACUUGUUUAGACACAAAAAUGGAGCAGUUAUCAGAUGAAGAACUUGAUCAUGGUGCAGAAGAAGACAGUGAUAAGGAAGACCAGGAUCUGGAUAAGAUGUUUGGGGCCUGGCUUGGGGAGCUAGACAAACUUACACAGAGUUUGGAUACAGAUAAGCUGGUGGAACCAGUAAAGAAAUCGCCUCUUCGUCAGGAAACCAAUCUUGCGAAUUUCUCCUAUCGUUUCUCCAUGUACAAUUUGAAUGAAGCCCUAAAUCAAGGAGAGACUGUGGAUCUGGAUGCCCUCAUGGCUGAUCUUUGUUCCAUUGAGCAGGAGCUCAGCAGCAUUGGGUCCCAGUCAGCAAACAGUGCUGCAAUGAAACGUCUGGCCACAGAAGCAAAAUCUCAAAAACUACCUGGUCGACCUGCCUCUAAACAUAGCAGUAUAAAAGGAUUAUCGUCAUCUGGUAAGGUUACUAAGCCUCCACAUUCCAAUUUUUCCUUGGAUGACAUCACUGCACAAUUGGAGAAGGCCUCCUUGAGCAUGGAUGAAGCAGCACAGCAGUCUGUAACUGAAGAUACCAAACCUGUAGUUACUGCUCAGCAUAGGAGGACAGCAUCAGCUGGCACAGUAAGUGAUGCUGAAGUGCGUUCUAUCAGUAACUCAUCCCGCUCCAGCAUCACCUCUGCAGCCUCCAGCAUGGACUCUUUGGAUAUCGAUAAGAUGACAAGACCUCAGGAACUGGAUCUGACACAGCAAGGGCAGCCAGUUACAGAGCAUAAUGUUUCUGGGGGACAUCCUAUGAAGCAGGCCAAGCGUCACAUUGACUUCACAGAAGAGGAGGCUGAGCUGGCUCCUCACUCCUAUCUGGACAGGGAAACCUCCCUCCUUCUGAGAAACAUUGCAGGAAAGCCUUCUCAUUUGCUGACCAAGGAGGAGCAGGCUGCUAAACUGAAAGCUGAGAAGAUCAGGGUUGCUUUAGAGAAGAUUAAAGAGGCACAGGUGAAAAAGCUGGUGAUCAGAGUCCAUAUGUCUGAUGACAGCUCCAAAACUAUGAUGGUAGAUGAGAGGCAGACAGUGAGACAAGUGCUGGACAAUCUGAUGGAUAAAUCCCACUGUGGUUACAGCUUGGACUGGUCACUGGUAGAAACCAUUUCUGAAUUACAAAUGGAGAGAAUCUUUGAGGACCAUGAAAAUUUAGUUGAAAACCUUCUGAACUGGACAAGAGACAGUCAAAACAAACUUAUGUUUGUGGAACGUAUAGAAAAAUAUGCUCUUUUCAAAAAUCCCCAGAACUAUCUGCUGGGGAAAAAAGAAACCUCUGAGAUGGCAGACAGAAACAAAGAGGUGCUGCUAGAGGAAUGUUUUUGUGGAAGUUCUGUAACAGUGCCAGAAAUUGAGGGAGUCCUGUGGCUGAAAGAUGAUGGCAAGAAGUCUUGGAAGAAACGUUACUUUCUUUUGCGAGCUUCUGGAAUCUACUAUGUUCCUAAAGGAAAAGCAAAGGUUUCACGGGAUCUUGUGUGCUUUCUUCAGCUGGAUCACGUCAAUGUUUACUAUGGACAGGACUAUCGGAACAAGUAUAAAGCCCCUACAGACUACUGUUUAGUGCUAAAGCAUCCUCAGAUCCAGAAAAAAUCCCAGUAUAUCAAGUAUCUCUGCUGUGAUGAUGUCAGAACUCUACACCAAUGGAUUAAUGGCAUUCGUAUUGCCAAGUAUGGGAAGCAACUGUAUGUGAACUAUCAGGAAGCACUGAAGAGGACUGAAUCAGCGUAUGAUUGGACUUCUCUGUCUAGCUCUAGCAUCAAGUCAGGCUCCAGCUCUUCCAGUUUACCAGAAUCUCAGUCGAAUCACUCUAAUCAAUCUGACAGUGGAGUUUCUGACACCCAGCCAACUGGACAUGUGCGUUCCCAGAGUAUUGUCAGUUCUAUGUUUUCCGAAGCCUGGAAGAGAGGUACUCAGCUAGAAGAGUCCAGCAAGAGCUUCUGUGGUGGGUCUCCCCAUCUCCGGAAAGAGGAAGGAGGCGGCAGUCAGUGGGUUUGUUUUCUCCGAGCUGGAUAAUACAACAUUGGUAAACAAUGUAACUAGUAUCCUUAUAUAUUCCAUUUCAGGGGAACUGAGUGAGUACUUGGCUGAUAUUUUUAUUUUGAACUAAGAUUUGAAUGAUGAUCAGGUAAAUAGAAUUUCUUUUAUAGAACUUUACAGGGAUUUAUAGUUAUUCACUUCCAUUCAAUUCUGGCUAUUUUUGUCAUAAAACAAGAAAGCAGCAGGGAUUAAGACUUACAGUGUUGUUAUUUUUAUUU